AUGGCGGCCAGACGUGUUAUGGCGAGCUCCGAUAUUAUUCCACCAUUAUUUGAUAAAUCUCGUAAAGAAAUAGUUAAUUCAUCAACUAUCGGUAUUGAUUUUCUUGGUAAUGCUUUAAGCAACGAUCUUAUUUACGAGGGCACACGUUUGAAAUGGUGCAAUGACUUAGACUCUCUUAAGGCGUUUGUUGCCGAAGUGCUUGACCUAAACGGGAAAUGGUGUUCUCCUGGAGGUGGGUCUAAAAGGUUCACAAGUUCCAAUGCUGAACUAACUUUGACGUGGUAUUCAGGCAAGCAAAACACUUUAUUAUUUCAAGGCAAAGAUGGCAACCUAAUUCGGGAUGGAUGUGUCAAAUUCUGUCAGACACGGGACGGUGUUAUGAAGUCGAGUUGUAAACAAGUGCAAGCCCUGUCGGAAAAUUCAGAGUUACAGCGGGAUCUCAUUGCUCCAAAUAUUUUGGAAUCUGAGCCUACAUCUAUAUCGAGACCGGCCAACCAAGUUGAUGUUGCAUCACAG